GAAAUAAUGUAAUGCAUGUCUUAAUUGAAUAACUGUCUUUGUUUCUCGCUUCUGUAAUACGCUUCCCCCUGCACAAAUCUCCCCCUGCCCCACGAAAUGCUUAAAAGGUAGCUUAACUCUGUUCGGGUCUCAGCCCUUUGGAUGUUAAUCGACUGGGUCGGUGCACCUAAAUAAUUAAAUAAUUCCUCCUCAAUGCCACGGUCUCUCUGAUUCCUUAAUUAUCCCACUGCACACUCUGUCACCCAGGCUGGUGUGCAGUGGCGUGAUCUCAGCUCACUGCAGCCUCAACCUCCAGGGCUCAAGGGAUCCUUCUACCUCAGCCUCCUGAAUAGCUGGACUGCAGAUAUGCAUCACUACACCCAGAUUUCAUCAUGUUGGCCAGUCUGGUCUCAAACUCCUGACCUCAAGUGAUCCGCCUGCCUCAGCCUCCCAAAGUGCUGGGAUUACAGGAAUUUAGUGAUUGACAAUGGCAGAAAAAAUCCUAGAGAAGUUGGAUGUCCUUGAUAAGCAAGCAGAGAUAAUCUUGGCCAGAAGAACAAAGAUAAACAGGCUUCAGAGUAAAGGAAGAAAAACAACUAUGGCUAUACCCCUGACAUUUGAUUUUCAGUUGGAAUUUGAAGAAGCUCUUGCUACAUCUGCGUCUAAGGCAAUAUCAAAGAUCAAAGAAGACAAGUCAUGCAGCAUUACAAAAUCAAAAAUGCAUGUCUCUUUCAAAUGUGAGCCUGAACCUAGAAAGAGUAAUUUUGAAAAGUCAAAUUUAAGACCAUUCUUUGUUCAAACAAAUGUAAAAAAUAAAGAAAGUGAGUCAACAGAGCCAGUAGAAGAACAUCUAAAAUCAAGAUCUAUUAGACCCUAUCUUUAUCUUAAGGAUACAACUGAGAUGGAAAAUGCAGGGCCUUUGAAUGUUCUAUAUUCACAGCAUAGACAAGCAUGUAGAAGAUCACUGGGUUCUACAGACUUUUCUCCUAUGUUCAACAUUCAGUCUAAUGCUCAUAAAAAGGAAAAAGACUCUACUUUAUUUACAGCUCAAAUUGAAAAAAAACCUAGGAAACCAUUGGAUUCUGUUGGUCACUUAGAAGGUGAUAGAAAUAAAAGAAAAAAAUCUCCACGGAUGAACGAUUUUAAUAUAAAAGAAAACAAAUCGGUCAGAAAUUAUCAAUUAAGUAAGUAUAGGUCAGUAAGAAAGAAAAGCUUGCUCCCGUUGUGCUUUGAGGAUGAAUUGAAAAAUCCACAUGCCAAGAUAAUCAACGUUAGUCCAACAAAGACAGUAACUUCUCACAUGGAACAAAAGGACACAAAUCCCAUAAUUUUCCAUGACACAGAAUAUGUACGAAUGUUACUUUUGACAAAAAAUAGAUUUUCUUCUCAUCCUUUGGAAAAUGAAAACAUUUACCCACAUAAAAGAACAAAUUUCGUUUUAGAAAGAAAUUGUGAAAUCCUCAAAUCUAUAAUUGGCAAUCAAUCUAUUUCUCUUUUCAAACCCCAAAAAACUAUGCCUACAGUACAGAGAAAAGAUAUACAGAUCCCUAUGUCUUUUAAAGCGGGCCACACAACUGUAGAUGAUAAACUAAAGAAGAAAACUAAUAAGCAGACACUAGAAAACAGAUCUUGGAAUACACUCUAUAAUUUCUCACAGAAUUUUUCUAGCCUAACAAAACAAUUUGUGGGUUACCUUGAUAAAGCUGUUAUUCAUGAAAUGAGUGCCCAAACUGGAAAAUUUGGAAGAAUGUUUUCUGCAGGAAAACCAACCAGCAUACCCACAUCCAGUGCCUUACCUGUCAAAUGUUACUCAAAGCCUUUUAAAUAUAUAUAUAAACUAAAUAAUGUAACACCACUGGAUAAUUUGUUAAACCUAUCAAAUGAAAUUUUAAAUGCCUCAUAAAAUAUCAUGUAUGCAGCAAUAUUUGAGUAACAAGAAGCAAAUAUCCAAGUUCCAAAAUUAUAAAAGAAAUUCUUAUCCAAAUAGUAAUGUUCUAAUUGAUCAUAUAAGAAAGCAAAGCACAGACAUUAGAAUUAUAAGUCAGCAGUGGUCUGUUCAAGAACAAUCAACAUUUUUAGAAAAUAAUAGGACAAAAUUAGGAAAUAAUUAUCACCAAGAGGAUCUAGUUCAUGACUUUCUAUUAUCUCAAUUAGAUUGCUCAAUCAUCAGCCUUCCUAUACUAAACUCUGAUUCAAGACCAAGAAAGGCAUAGUCUGACUCUGGAAAUGCGCUGUUGGAAGCCAAAUAACAUCAAUACUCUUGUUCUAUAAUUGAAUAUCAAAUAAGACAAAUUACCAUUAA